CUUCUAAAUACGCCUUGUUUCCGCGCUUGUUAGCAUCAGCCAAUUCCAAAACAACAUUACAUGUUGUCAACUUAUUGAACAAUUACACUAUAACAAUUGAACAAUAGUUAUUAAAAAGGCAACAUACUAUGGAAACUGAGUUACCCCACACAAGGAUACGUACCAUAAUGAAGAGUUCACUGGAUACAGGCCAAAUAAACAACGAAGUUCUUUUUUUAAUGACAAAAUCUACGGAAAUGUUCAUUAAAUACUUUGCAAAGGAAUCGUAUGCGAAUGCAAAAAAGCCUAGCAGUCUGGCAUACAAUCAUUUGGCAGACUUGGUGCAAUCCAAUGACAAUUUGGAAUUUUUGCUACAAAUUAUACCACAAAAAAUCAAGGUGAAAAAAUUCAAAACACUUUUGGAGCAGGGUGAGGAGAGUAGCGAUUCAUCUUCAGAAAGUGAUUAGUUCUAAUAACUGUAACAACUGAUUUUUGUCUUUUAUAAUCAACUUUAAUAUUAUUGCAAAUACUUAGCAUAAGGAAAUAUAAAUAUUUUUGGAUUGAACAUGUAAUGCUUAUCUUUAUAAGGUACGAAAUAUAAUUGUCCUAUGUUA